CUGGACCGACGCUUCUAUCGCGAGGUUAUCCCAUUAGCUCGGUUAGUUAGCUAGCCGCGAAUAGCUUGACCGUGUAGCCGCAUUUUACACUUUUAUACGUCUCAAAAGCAUUUAAGAGGACACUGCGCAUUGCUGUUGGGAGUAUUAUCUUCUCGCGCCUGUAAGAAAGAAUACUCGCCAGACCUUGUGCUUGCACGGUGAGUUGUGUAAACGCACACAGUCUGCUAACUAGCUAGGUUGCCCAAGAGGAAAUUGGGUUUGUUUUGGAUGCCUCGAGAACCUCCAAAUUAUUUUUUUUAGUGACGCUAGCGAGCGCUCAACUGCAAUUUAAGCGCAUUAAUAUAGUGUCUGUUUUGUUAUUGGUUUGGCACUUUGGUCAGUAGCAUACGUUUGUGCUCAAGCCUUGAAAUCUGUCUGCACGGUUGUAGCGUUACUGUUCGUGUAGGACCAAACUGUGACCGAGCUGUGUCAGUCUUGCUCACGUUCCGCUGUGAUUCCCAAUGGAUUUCCGUCUUUCCAGGAUCCCAAUGAUGAGUUAUGCUGAAAAGCCAGAAGACAUCACAAAAGAAGAGUGGAUGGACAAAUUGAACAAUGUUCACAUACAGAGGGCCGACAUGAAUCGGCUCAUUAUGAACUACCUUGUCACAGAGGGAUUCAAAGAAGCGGCGGAGAAGUUUCGAAUGGAGUCUGGGAUCGAACCAAGUGUGGACCUGGACUCUUUGGAUGAAAGGAUAAAGAUCAGGGAGAUGAUCCUGAAGGGACAGAUACAGGAAGCUAUUGCACUCAUCAACAGCCUACACCCAGAACUGCUUGACACCAACCGAUACCUGUAUUUUCAUCUGCAGCAGCAACAUUUGAUUGAGUUAAUCAGGCUAAGGGAGACUGAGUCAGCGCUGGAGUUUGCCCAGACGCAGUUAGCCGAGCAGGGGGAGGAGAGCCGCGAGUGUCUGACAGAGAUGGAGCGGACGCUAGCUCUCCUGGCCUUUGACAACCCAGAAGAGUCGCCCUUUGGAGACCUGCUCAACAUGAUGCAGCGGCAAAAGGUAUGGAGUGAGGUGAACCAAGCUGUGCUGGACUAUGAAAACAGGGAGUCAACACCUAAACUGGCUAAACUCCUGAAGCUCCUGCUGUGGGCACAGAAUGAGCUGGACCAGAAGAAGGUGAAAUAUCCCAAAAUGACUGACCUUAGCACGGGCACCAUCGAGGACCCCAAGUGAACAGAACACACACCAGAACAACCACCUUCCACGUCCCCUUAAUUUAUGAUCAGUCCGUGACUGUGUGACAACCAGGUAACACUUAUGUAUAAACAAAUGCUACAUUGUUUAGUUUUUUUCCCAAGUUUCAUUCAUGAGAUACAACUCAUUAAUUCAUUGUGCAAACUGUAAAUUGCUGUAUUUGCAAAUUGACAGAAGUUAUU